GGAAAAAGAAACGACACAAAUAUACAACCUAACAACACAAUGAGGCAGAUUCCGCAUUUUUGAAAGAAAAAAAAAAAAAAAAAAAAAAAACAUGGGAACCGAAGAAGAAGAAGAAGAAAUAGUGUGCUUAGACGAAUCUUUCUUCAUCAACGACAAUUACCAGCUGACCAAAUUCACAUUCGGGUCUGAAGUUAUUGAGCUUCUAUGUCUCCAAUCUGCUUCUACUGAUUUUGAUCUCACUGGGCAAUUGGUAUGGCCUGGAGCUAUGCUUUUGAAUGAUUACCUGUCGAAGAAUGCAGAUCUGCUAAAAGGGUGCUCUGUCAUUGAGUUAGGUUCUGGUGUUGGUAUUACUGGAAUACUUUGUAGCAGAUUUUGCCGUCAAGUUGUACUAACAGACCAUAACGAAGAAGUGCUCAAGAUACUGAAGAAAAAUGUGGAGCUGCACUCAUCUUCUGAGAAUUAUAAUUGUUGUGCUGGAUUAGCAGUAGAAAAACUAGAAUGGGGACAUUCUGAGGAGAUUUGCCGUAUUUUAGAAAAUUACUCGGGAGGAUUUGAUCUUAUUCUCGGAGCUGAUAUCUGCUUUCAACAGUCAAGCGUUCCUUUGCUGUUUGACACAGUGGAAAAACUCCUCCGAGUCAGAGGGCGAGGUCAAUGCAAAUUCAUACUAGCCUAUGUAUCCCGUGCUAAAAUCAUGGAUUCAAUGGUGGUUAAUGAUGCUAAGCUGCACGGGUUGCAGAUAAACGAUGUUGUUGGGACUCGGCGUAUCGUUGGUAAUCUGGAAGGAGUCAUCUUUGAGGUGACCCUUUAGAGCAAAUGUUUGAGCCAGUACAUGAUGGAUUUGGCUGCCAUAGUUUUGACUUGGUGUUUAUUCGGAUGAGAGAAUAGAAAUGUCCAAUUUUACGUGUUUCUGUUGAAUUUGAUGGUCUCGUUGCAGUUUUGUCUCUCUAUUGUGGCUUGAAAGGAAUAAGAAUUUUUGUGUGUGCAUUUCAUUAAAAUAGGUCAUUGUAGGGUGAGAUUUCGCUGUUUUAUUGUCAUAAUUUCUAGUUUAAUGAGAAAGAACAAUUUUAUUUAUUCAUUUGUUACCAUUAUCAUAUUUUUAACAUCUAGGUUGAACGGGCUAUACUGAACUCAAUU